AUGAUACAUAACGGCUUAGACCAGUCACGGGACCUUUUAAUUGAUGUGAAAACGCUGAAUUUCGCCAAGGAAACGGUGAAUUCCGAGACUGAUGAUUCAAUGACAAUGGAUACCACGGGAAAUGAUAACUAUUUUCCAGAAAAGGUUCCAGACAACGUAUUUUUAUAUGAAGUUCCAAUCAAAGAAUCCCUCGAAAAGUUUAAGGAGGCAGGAAAAGCGCUGAAGUUCAAAGUAUGCCCAAUAUUCCCGCUGAGUGUUGCUUUCGUGACGGGGAAGGGGAAUGAUUAUAACAAGCUGCACACACCAGCGCUUAGCAGCUUAGACCACUCAAAAAUCUACAAGAUCUAUGUUAACAAACUUUUUCAAAUCUAUCAGGAUUUGGGGGAUGACAGAUAUUUUUCCAUUCCCACGAUUGGACUUGUUAGUUCAAAGUCGCGGCGUCAGCAUUUCGAAACAGUCAAUCUGGCUGUGGAUGCCCUUAUUGACGAACUCGAGUUAUGCAUUCAACAAAUGGCCGAAAACGGCGAUUUCGAGCCAGUGGCAGACUUCGAAGAUUGUGCCACGAUAAUAAAUUGCUUGCGUGCGGUCCAUUGCACACUGGACUCAGGAGAAGAAGACUCACGUGCGGCCUUUUUCGCAAAUCUGGAGCAUUGGGUAAAUAGGGCUGACGGUGAACCGGAUGAAACGACAAUAAAUCAAGUGCUACUGGGCAACGUUAAUAUGCCCGUCUACAACAGCUACUCAUUCUGGAGUUUACUGGGUCGACUCUUAAUGCGGGGGCUUUUUGACCAAGCUAUUGGUGUAGUCGAGAAAUCGGGCCUUUUAGACCACUUGAAAGGAAAUUGUGAAACCUCCCAUAGCGCCAUAACGGAAUUGAUCUUGAUGGUUCAACAAUAUCCUUACGAAUCCGAAGAGCAAUUCCGCGCAUGGAAAGCCACUCUUUUACAGCUCACACAAACUUAUGCUGAUUCGCUGACACAGGUUGAUCAAGAACUACGCAUAUUUAUUUUGGACAUUCUUUCACUUGUAAGUGGCAACCGUGCAAACAUUCUACGUUAUUCGAAAGAGUGGUUCGAGGCCUUUUGCGGAAUGAUAAUGUUUUACAUCCCAACGUUGGAGCUUGCUGAAGAGUACUUGGACGCUGCACUCUCGGAACAUCCUUUAAAUGUAUGCAAUGUUUGGGAACAACCAUGCGUUGAUAUCAUAAGGGGAAAAAUACAUUUCAUUUUGCCCACACUCGAAUCCUUAGAAAAUGCAACGGCUGCUUUCGUUGCUGCCUUUUGUGAGGCUAAGGGCUUACUACAAAGUCCUCCGCAACUCAGGCACUUGGAAAACUCUCAACUGUUUUCUGAGGCGGAUGAUCUUUUCUCUCCACGUAAUAGCAUGGCAACAUAUCUUCUGAACACCUUGGCCAUGGAGUUAUGUUGUCAAGGGGAUCGCGAACUUUGGGCAGUCUCAAUUGGUCUGAUUUCUUUGUCACCAAGCGACAACGAAAGUGCCAAGAGACUCGCCAUUGCAGAACUUUUACCGCAUUUCCCAUUCCAGACUAACGACGAUGUGGAAUGGCUUCUGAGCAUUUGUGCCGAAUGGCAUUUGCCUGACGUUGCCCGGACGAUUCACCGCAUUUUGGGCAACAGCUUGUUAUAUGAUAACAACGUUGUGGAGGCAAUGUCCAAUUUCAGCAAAGCGGGCGAAUUCGAAUGGGUUAAGCAUUAUGCGUGGAUGAUAUUCGAAGCCUCUGCCCUUCAAGGCGCUCCUUUGGAAGAUCUAGUAGUUAACACCAUUGUCGAUGGCGAUACCGAGAGACAGGUUCCGCGCGAGUUGCUACGGUCUGUUGCCACGGAUGCGAUGAGGCAAGCCCUGGCACCGUACGCGGUGUUGUAUCAGGUGUAUCACCAACAAAGAAACGAGGAAUGGACUCAAGCCUUAAACAGUCUAUUGGCGCUCAUGGAGUUCAAAUCUCUGCCAAAACAUUACUUUGUGCUCUUGGUUGCCAAGUUUCUUUAUGGCACCUAUGUCAAGGACGACGAGAAAGAAAUGUCAGAGGAAGCGAUAGUGCGGGUUCUCAAAGUUCUCGACCACUUAGAAUUAGACGAGAAAUGCUACACGCUAUACGAAGUAUGCUUGUCAACCGACACACAAAUGAAGUACCCGGAGUCACUUGAUGAACUGAUACGUGGAGUUAGGCGUGAACUCGGAUUCAAGAUAUGUCGAGAGUUCAUCGUUCGCUAG